AUGCAGAAACUCAAGGAGGAGUCAUUAUAUAGAGAUGUCAACAUUCAGAAAGAUAUAUCAUUAGGCCAUGGUGUUCGCCUACCAUAUAAGCGUGCUUGGAUGGAGAAGGAGAUUACACUGGCCACCAUUCAUGGUAAGGAGGGUUCAAGCUGGGAUGCAGGCCAUUACUUUUUGUUGAUGGAACUCAUUAGCUUGGCAAAUAAUAAUUGGACUUGGUUUCUUGCUACUCUCGGGGAGGCACUGUAUGGUGAAGAUGAUUACGAGGAAGUUAUUACAUUCAUCUCAGAUUGGUCGAAGGUUCUUGUUAAUGCAGUUGCGCUCAUAUUCCUGUCAUCACCGCAUGUUUAUUGUCUACACCAUUUGGAAGCCAACUUCAUGAAGGCUAACGACAAGCUCGGGAAAUUAUUGAAAGAUCAAUAUUGGGUUAUGCGGUGGUGCGAGAUGUACAUAAAUAUAGCAAAGUCUUUCAAUGCCUUGAUCAACGAGGCAAGGCAUCUACUGGUAAUGAGCAUGGUUGAUACUAUAUGUGAGCGGCGCGAAGUGUCCGCCAUGUGGGAUACAUACCUUUACCCUAAGAUACUCAAUAAGGUUGAAGAAAUCAUCAAAAGUAGUUGGCAUUUGCGGGUGGGCCGAUCAAGCAAUGACACUUACGAAGUGGUUGACAAUUACAACAGUGCUAUCAACCUACAUGACCGGAAGUGCUCCUGCAAGAGAUGGGAAGUACUUGAACUCCUAUGCAAGUAUGCAAUUGCCACGAUUUUGCAAACCGACACAAAUGUACACUGCUACGUUGAUGAAUAUUUUACAGCCGAAUCAUAUCGUCAUGCAUAUGUCAAACCAAUAUACUCAAUCCCUAAUAGUGACAUGCCAUUCGAUGACACCCGUCAACUUAGAAUGCGGCCACCGAUAGCAAAGAAAUGA